GUCUCUGUCUCUGUCUCUGUCUCUCUCUCUUUCUCUCUCCUAUGAUUUUCCUUCGAUAUAGGGAGAUAAAAUAGUUAAGUUGUGGGCAACCGCCUAUUUAUCUUGUGUCUCUGGAUUUGCCUUUGAAAAGAAUCAAGCUCUGAUCUCCAUGUCUCACUUCUUUUACUUAACAUAUUGUUUCUAAAGUUUCUCUAUGACAAAGCAUGAGAGGGGAUCAAAUCUUGGACUUUGCACAUGCUAGGUUUUGCUUGGACAUAAACCUAGAUGUAUGAGAUAUAAAAGAAUAUCGAAAAGGGAAUUUUUCUUUUUCAAAUUGUAACAUUGAAAUUGUUCAUUUAAUAAUUGUUGAUAACAAAAUUGGAAGUCUACUAGUCAUUAGAAAUUGAAAAUAAUGGCAGCAGAAUUUAUAAAGAGUUGUUGUAGAGGAUGUCUCUAUGGUGAAAAGGAAAAGCACAAGGUUUCUGUGGAAAGAGACUUUAAAGCAUCAGCCUCAAAUAGCCCAAAUACUAUUGGUGUACCUCCACUGACUUCUGUUUUAGUAAAGCCCCAAGUUGGCUGUAAUGAGGAUUAUUUGCUUUCCAAAUUACCAUGUGAUGGUAAAGAAGUACAAUUUGUGGUUCCCAGGUUCAAAUUAUCUUAUAUUCAGCCUAGGACGCAAGGAACUCCUUCACAUCUGGAAGGAUCUGCUAGAGCAUCUUUUGGAGAUCAAAAGACAGAACUUUGUAGCUCAUUCUACCAUGGACCCAGCUAUGAUGUGUAUAACCCAUGCUUUAUGUAUCAACACUUUUCACCUGAUUUAAGUAGGCGCUUUCUUCCUCAUUGUGAAACAAAAAAGUUAUAUGGAUCUGUUUGUGAUUUAAGGACCAGUAAACUUCCUGGUUCCCCUGGGCUAAGCAAAUCUAUGCUUGAUCUUACAACUUCAUCUCAGCAGUUCAUCCAGAGACAUGACUCAUUUUCCAGUGUGCCUAGUAGUUCUUCUUCAAGAAAAAAUUCUCAGGGCAGUAACAGAAGCCUGGAUACAAUUACCCUGUCGGGAGAUGAAAGAGACUUGGGGAGAUUGAAUGUGAAAUUAUUUUAUAAUUCUUCAGCAGAACAGAUCUGGAUCACUGUUUUGCAGUGCAGAGAUCUAAGUUGGCCCUCUAGGUAUGGAGAAACUCCCACAAUUUCUAUAAAAGGAAUUUUAACAUUGUCCAAACCAGUGCAUUUCAAAUCUUCAGCCAAAGAAGGUUCCAAUGCUAUUGAAUUUAUGGAAACGUUUGUAUUUGCUAUUAAACUACAAAAUCUACAAGCUGUGAGACUUGCAUUUAAGAUUCAAAUCCAGACUCCCAAGAAGAAAACCAUUGGAGAAUGUUCUCUUUCACUCAGAACUCUUAGUACCCAGGAAAUGGAUUACUCAUUGGAAAUAAUGCCACCUUCAAAAUUUUCUGUUUGCCAAGCAGAACUUGCCCUGGGGACUUGUUUCCAAGCAGUAAAUAGCAGGAUUCAGCUGCAAAUUCUUGAGGCACAGAACCUUCCAAGUUCAUCAACACCUCUGGCUUUGAGUUUUUUUGUGAAGGUAGGAAUGUUUAGCUCAGGAGAGCUGAUUUAUAAGAAGAAGACACGCUUACUGAAGGCCUCCAGUGGAAGAGUAAAAUGGGGAGAAACUAUGAUUUUUCCACUUAUACAGACUGAAAAAGAAAUCGUUUUCCUUAUUAAACUUUACAGUCGGAGCUCUGUAAGAAGAAAACAUUUUGUAGGCCAGCUCUGGAUAAGUGAAGACAGUAAUAAUAUUGAAGCAGUGAAUCAAUGGAAAGAGACAGUUACAAAUCCGGAAAAGGUUGUUACCAAGUGGCACAAGUUAAAUCCAUCUUGAAGACUUCGGGCAUUAAUUUAGUGAAGAAACAGCUUGACAUUCUUUUAGAAGAAACAUAAUUUCUAAAACUGUAAUGAGUUUUUUUCAGGUACACAAAGUGAAUUAAAUAUUUUUAAAUGGUGCCAAAAUAUGAUAAAAUAAAAUGGUAGUAGUAUUAAGCCAACUUAAUGAAUUAUAAAAUCUAUAGAACUAUCAAUCCUAGAUAGGUAUCUUUUUAAAAGUACUAUUAGACAUUUACAAGUCUUUACCACUUUCCAGUGCUAGACAUGACUAAUUAGAUCUUGGUUAUACUGUUUGUAUCUUUAUAUGUGUUUUUCUCACAGCAAAAAUUAAUAGAACCAUUCUAUUAAUGUUUUCCUGUAUUUUAAGAAAAUUGGUACCCUGAACUUAUAAUUUAUUUAUCUAUAAGUUAUUGCAUGGCCAUUGUAUAAGCUGCUUAUUUCCUGGAGAAUUACAGAUUUAUAUUUUUCAAAGAAUAAAUAAAGCUUGGAGCUAGCAGGAUUGCUUGGUGGGAAAGGAGCUUGUCACCACACUGAAAAUUUGAGUUCCAUCCCUGCAAUGCAACAUGAUGGAAGGAGAGAACCAAUUCCUUCAUAUUGUUCACUGUCAUUCACAUGUAGACUAUCAACACACACACACACACACACACACACACACACACUAAAUAAAUAAAUAUCUUAAAAAGAUUAAAUGAAGUUAAACUGCAUGUCAAAAUAUAUACAUUCUACUGUCUUCCUCAUUUUUAACCUUUUUUUUUUUUGUAGUUAAAACAAAAUAUUUAGGACAACUUAAUUUAUCAAAAUUAAAUUAGCUUAAAUAGCAAAUUCAGUAUUUUAUAAUCAUUAGUUCUUUAUUUCAAUUUUUGAUAUAAAUUACUUGUCCCAUAAUCCACAAUGUUAAAAUAUUUUCCCACUUUAAAUAAUCAUACCAGGUGACAAUGUAUAGGAUGCAAAUAUGUUUCUAUUAUAAGCUUAUUUCAGGUACAUAUUAAAACUUAGCAGAUGGACAUUAUUUCUGCUUAGAUGAGCAUAAGAGUGUAGCUAAAACAAAAUAAUUUUAGGAAGAAGUUAGCAAGAAUUUCUAAUCUUAUAGUUAUUUUAUUUUUGCCAAUAAGUAAAUAAUGUAUCUAUGUUCCUGAUCCUUGUCUAUCCCUCCCUCUCAUCCUGCCUGCCAGCCUCUCUCUUUCUUUGUUCCACACGUUGUAGGCCAGAGGAAUACUUCACUAUAAUGUAGGAAUAACCUCUUCAAUAUUAGUUCUUUAUACUCUAGCUAUUUCAUUAGAAUAUAAAUUGAACUGUUAUAUAGCUGUUGGCUAGAUGUUAGGGUACUAGUGGUAUUGACAGAAUUCUUUGCCACUGUUAAUUUUGAACUAAUAUUUUUAGACUUGUUAAAGAUGGCAUACUGGUCAAUACUCACAUGUUCUUUUAGGAGAAACCAUCCUUUGUGAUAGUGAUAAUAUUUUGAACAUUGUGACUUCCACUUUCUUUUAGUUAAGUUCAUUUGUUUAAUAGAUUGAACUUUUUAAAGUAUACACAGAAAUUUCCUAAAUCUAAUCUUUCAUUCUUAGCACAGGCACAGCCUCCUGUGCCAUCAACAUCCUAGACCCAAAAGUUUUACUACUUUUAAUUCCUAAAGUUAACAAUUUUAUUUAUUUAUGUUAUAAUGAUCUAAUUAUUAAUUUAAGCAUAGAUAUAAUAUAAAAUUUGAGGAAAAUAUAUGCUUUCUUGAUUUUUCCAGGCUCCUAGAUACAAAGAAAACUUCAUUUAAGAGAACUUUCAGGUAGGAAAGUAUUAGUAGGUGAAGAGUUCUAGUGUAUUAGUCACUUUUUACUUAAGCAUAUUUUAGCUGAAGAUGUAUUGAAUAUAAACAUAUUUAUUGUAUCCUUGAAAUUUUUAUAUGAAAAUGUAGAUGCAAACACUGUUGUGUUAAUAGGCAUUCUUGGAGAGAAAAACAUUUAGGAGUUAAUAACAAUAACUGAAAUAAUAUGCAAAAAUAAUUUCCUUUUGUGUUUGUUUAGGGUCUUCUUGACCUUUACUUACUUGUAACACAGAAAAGGGAACCAAAAUGAUGCUGGGAAUCCAGCUGGAGACCAAUUAAACUUCACAACAAGAUGGAGAUUUAUAAACAGUAUCAUUUAAUAUAUAUUAAACACAUACACUUAAUUUUACACAAUACUAUUCUUUAAUAAUGUUUCUUCUUUCUACCUUUCAUUUCUUUUCUCUCUUUUUUAAGAUAAAUUGGCAUACUUGUUUACUUCUCAGGUUUUGCAAACAUCCUUAAUAUGUUGGUAUAGCAAACACAUUUCAAUUCAAAUAGCACCUGUAAAUUGGUAUGCAGAAGAGCAGAAGUAAUAUGUUCUGCAAUUAAUUUGCUCAAUUGCAUACAAGCAAUACAUGAAAAAUUACCAAAUUACAGGUAUUAAAUACUAAAUGAUUUAAGUUUAUUUUGAUUUAUUCUAUUUAACAAUCUAGGAAAUUUGAAGCCAUCAGCAACUCCAGUGGCCAUUUCAAGUGCAGUUGGGAGUUCAGGAAUCUCUAGGGAGCUAUUAGUGUAGCAGAUCUUGUGGGUAAAAUAUAUGCAUCUUUCAAUAGCAAAUGUGAAGGACUCUCUAAAAUUGACCUCAUUUAUUUCAUUCUUAGUAAACAGUCCUGGCCCAUUCAGCAUAUCCUUUAUUUUUCAUGAUAUUAGUGCAUGUCUUUUUUUUUUUUUUACAAUAAAUCCAUGACCACUUGAAGGAAUUAACUUGAUACACAUGGCAUUAAGGCUUUCAUAGCCACCAUAGGUUUUUUUCUCCUCCAUCCAUUAUGUCAUUAUAAAAUAUUACUUUGAUCGCAUAGGAACUUUGUUAGUUUUUCCUACAUAUUCUGGGGCACUGGAAAAAAUGACUUCUGCCAGAUUAUAGCUGCUUUCUGCAACAGGAAGAGAUCAGUCCACAAUGGAUUUAUAAACUAUCAGAUAACACAGAAAGUUACAUCUCAUGUCAAAAAAUGGUCUCAUCACUUGGCAUUCAAGUUUUGCAUGAAUUUUUAAAGCAGGAAUCCUAAGUGGCCCAAGUGUAUUAACUCAAUUUCUUACCGGACUGUUGAGAAGAAAUCAUUGUGAUUUUUUUAACAUACAUAAUUAUGGUCUAAAAACAAAUGUAACCUGAAUUUCUGUUUGAAUAUAGUUUUUCAAUUUCUUUGAUACCAAUAAACUGAUCAGCCUAUUGGAAA